CGAACUCUCGACGUGGUGCUGUUGCCCCAUUCGCGAAUUUCCUUUGGGUGACGAAGAGACCGAGAUGGACUACGGCCGUGAACUCCUCCGCCGCCAGCUCACGGAGCUGAGCCGAAACCCGCCAGAGGGCGUCAGCGUCGGCCUCGGCGACGACGAAAACAUCUUCCACUGGGAGAUCAUGCUCGUGGGUCCCCCCGAUACGCUGUACGAAGGCGGUUUCUUUCGCGCGCGCCUCGAGUUUCCGAAGGACUUUCCCAACAUGCCCCCGAAGAUGACCUUCAUCUCGGACAUGUGGCACCCGAACGUAUACCCGAGCGGCGUCGUGUGCAUCUCGAUCUUGCACCCGCCCGGUGAAGACCAAAUGAACGCGCAAGAGUCUGCCGACGAGCGAUGGCGCCCAAUAUUGGGCGUCGAAUCAAUCCUCGUUUCCGUCAUUUCGAUGCUUUCGGACCCGAACGACGACUCGCCGGCAAACAUAGACGCAGCCGUCGAAUGGAGAAACGACAAAGACGCUUUCAAGAAGCGCUGCCGUCGCAUUGUGCGCAAGUCGCAAGAGGAUAUUUAACGCGACCGCCUUCUCGUCGACGAUAUCUUUAAACAAUGAAUGUAAGCGAUACCGCCGGGUGCUUGAGCUCGAAGGCGCCGAAGCGGAAAAUCGUCGUUCCAGUCAUCGC